CUGUCACAUCGGAGUGAAAGGAGAUUGACAUUGCUAUGUAUAAAGUACCAUGACUUGAAAUAUGAGCCCUAGCUGACUUCCGACCUGUCCCAACCUUUGCAACAUCUACCAUGGCCUACGGUGGAUUGAUUACUCGCCAUUCUACAGAUCCUGGUAGCUCCUCUGGACCAUCUCCCCCCACGACUGUAGUCGAGUAUCGCAAGGAUGGCACAGUGUCCAAGAUGCGCUCGCACAAGGGAAAUAUUCCAAUUCUCCCCCAGACAAAGCUUUGCCCUCAGUGUCCAGCAAAGUUCACCCGUACGACCCACCUUAACCGGCACCUGCGCACCCACACGGGUGAGAGGUUGCAUCGUUGCGAUACCUGUGAGGCGCAGUUCACGCGCAGUGACCUACUGACGAGGCAUAAAAAAACAUGCGGAGACCCAUCCCAUGCCAACCGCACGAGGCGGCGGUCUUGUCAAGCCUGUGCUAACUCCAAAGUAAAGUGUGAUUUACAGCAGCCAUGCAGCAAAUGUCAGGCACGUGGCAAGGAAUGCGUGUUCGUUAUUCGUGCACCCAGGUCGUCAGCAGUGGCAAAGAUGACGGCCGCACCGGCCGCCGUACCCGAGCACCUUGCCCAUCCCAUAAACGGGCCGGGGUCGAAGAUUGCUGGACCGCUAAUUUCCCUGCGGCCCCCCUCCCCUGUUGCGUCGCAUCCCACAUCCCCGCAUCCAAAUGUUCCGCCAGACCGUCAGGGUCAGUGUUCUUACAAUUGGAAUGCGUCAGCAUCGGGUCACUUGGAGAACCAACCCGAAGAGCUUGGCUUUUAUAGUGAUGGGUCAUCUCCCUCACCACCAUCAGAGGCAAUAUCGUCGACUGGCGACAUUGGUCUAUCGCCUUCCUCCGAUCCAGCAGCUGUUCAAACCCAAAUUAAUACGUUCUACUCUAGUAAUGAGGUCUUCGAGCCGUUUCUUCCUAGUGAAAUUCCCGGAUAUAAUACCGUACCUGUCGGUGACAACAGUACACGCGAAGGUUGCCUCCCACAUACACCACUAUUAUCGUCUUCUACGGAGGAGUCCUUGCCAUUUGCAUCUCAAGUCGUGGGAGUACAACGCCCGCAUCACACCGACACGCUACUCUACCCUCCGACAUCUAGUCAGCAAGUACCUUCCUCCGCCGAUCACUCGCAACGCCAAUGUUACACAGAAGAUAAUUAUAUACCCCAAUACACAACUGCUAUAGACGUUUGUUAUCAAGCUCUCUCAGAACAUCAACACUACCGCCACGUAGAUUCUUCGGAGUACACCCGAAACCGCACCAAACCAGCCAGUCCUUACGGCAGUGGAGGGAUGUGGCGUACUUCGUGCGAAGGAUUGGUUAGUUCUCCACCUCAAUACAAUUAUCCGGCAAAAGGUGCUGGGGACGCAUUUUGCGAGAAGCCCUACCGCUGCCCAACAACUAACCAGCCGCGGGUAGGGAUCGACUACACCAACCAUUGGGCUGUUCCGUCCGAAAUGGUACGGAUGGCAAUGAGUGACCCUUCCUCUCGUCAUGUUGAGGGUGGCAAGUGCUCUGCGAGGAACGCUUUCAUCCAUUCCGCUUACAGCCUUCCCUAGACGCUCAGACAUCACGAUCUUACCGAUCAGAAUGUUUAACGGAUGUCAUUCGCUGGAAUGGGU